AUGAACGGCGAAACAAAGUCGGGCGCCUCGCGCUUCGAUCCUACCUUCACUCAGCGCGUCAUCGACGCUACCGGCCCCAAGACCUCUCCUCGGAUGCGAGAGGUCAUGACCAGCCUGAUCAGACAUCUACAUGAUUUCGCGCGGGAAGUGGAGUUGACGGUGGAUGAAUGGACAGAGGGUGUGAAACUCAUCAACUGGGCCGGCCAAAUGAGCGACGACAAGCGGAACGAGGGUCAACUUGUUUGUGACGUGGUUGGACUGGAAUCACUGGUGGAUGAGAUCACCUACAAAAAGGCCUCGGAAGCGACCGACCUGGCCACCCAGAGUGCCAUCCUGGGUCCCUUCUACCGAACAGACCAUCCGGUCCGAGAGAAGGGCACCAGUAUCUCUUUCAACACCCCGGAAGACGCCGAGAUCGUGUACAUGUACGGCCAAGUAGUAGACGCCAUCACCAAGAAGCCCUUGACCAACGCAGCCAUUGAUGUGUGGGAGGCUUCUACUAACGGCUUGUAUGAACAGCAAGACCCAGAUCAGGUCGAUUCCAACCUGCGUGGCAAAUUCAUCACCGACUCGAACGGAGAAUAUGCUUUCUACUGCCUCAGACCAACACCCUACCCUAUUCCGUACGAUGGUCCAGCCGGCAAGUUGCUGCAGUUGCUAGACCGACAUCCUUUCCGACCGGCGCAUAUACAUCUGAUUGUCUUGAUUGAAGGAUAUAAGCCCAUCACCACGCAGAUCUUCGACAAGCAGAGCAAAUAUCUGGAGGACGACUCGGUCUUUGCGGUCAAGGACUCGCUGGUGGUGGAGUUUGUGCCCAGGAAGGAUGAUGAUAAGGCUAAGCUGGAGCUGAGGUAUGAUGUCUUGAUGGCGCCCAUCAAUGCUUCAGGAGAAUCAGGUCCACAGGAUGGCCUGGUGACCACGGGAAUGGGCCGCGGGUACUGA